CUUCAUUCUUAUUCCCACUUGUUGCUUUUCGUAUUUACUCCAACUUAUUAUCCAAGCUUUUGUUCCAGUCUAUUUCCCGCUCCAGAUCGCCCAGAUUGUCAUCGCUUAUGUAAUCACACUCUCCAUUACACAAUCACGCUGCUCUACCUUAUUCCGGAAAACCGGUUUGCAAAUAUAUAUACUCCCAUAUUUCGGUCAUGACCGGCUUUCCGCUGCUUAUCGGGAUUUUGACGCCAUAUUUUUGUGUUUUCUCUCUUCAAAUAUCAUUAUUAAUCUCUCUAUCUCUCGCCUUCAAUCCAUUUCUUUAUAUCUUUAAUCCAUCAUCUCAACAACUAUCUUCUUAUCUCCUCUGAUUGAUUUAUCGAUCUUUUAUUUCUUUUGUUUCUUUUGUUUCUUUUGUUUCUUUUGUUUCUUUUGUUUCUUUUGUUUGUUUCGUUUGACUAAAUUAUGGCUAAAUACUCAAAUCCUUACAAUACACCUAUCCCUACUGAACAAACUCCUCUAAAUGUGUAUGAUCCACUACCUCCUCCUACUCCUCCUCCAUACUCUUCCUACAACUCUAACACUAGAUAUGUCUUAGUUCCUGCUGAUCAAUUCUUUCCCUCCUAUGCAUCUGCCUACAACCCAUCCCAAAAUCACUCCUUCAGACUCAGAAAUAAAAAAAGGCACAGAAACUCCUCCUGCCUAUCCUUCUUGACCAAUCUAAUAUUUCUAUCGUUCCUCCUCAUCAUCCUCUUCAUCCUUCUAAACCUAUUCCUAAUCCUACCCAAUAUCCAACAAUAUAUCAACAAAUCAAUGGACUUCAAUAUAGAAAAUAUAAAAUUUAGAGGCUUCUCAAAUAACAACUUCCAAUCCUCAAACGUUGGUUUGAACUUCCAAGUUGAUGGUUAUAACCAAUUUAACUACUCUUCUUUAAACAACCCAUACCUAGAAACUGUCUUUACUAAAACUGGUCAGCUUUUUAAAUCUGUCGACAUACAUUUAACUGAUGUCAAUUUAAAAGUCCUAAACAAUAUCAAUUUACAUACUGAAAAUAACAAUAACAAUGAUAACAAUGAUAACAACAACAACAACAAAAACAACAAAAACAACAAAAACAACAACAACAACAAUAAUAAUAAUAAUAAUAAUAAUAAUAAUAAUAAUAAUGAUGAUGAUGAUGAUGAUGAAAAUUUCAUCCACGUUGGAAAAGUGCUCGUCCCCAAUUUCAAAAUCUCAAUAGAACAACUCAAACUAACUCCCUUAUCCGUUCUAACAACAAUCAACCCAAACUCACACCAAGUCCUAAAGUUCUUAAAAGAAAUAAUCAAAAAAAUAUCCUCCAACGACAACCAAGACUUUGAUCUCCAAUUCUAUGGUGACACCUACUUGAGAUUAAAUCUAGGCAUAUUCCCCAUAUUCUACAAAAUCAGAUUAGAAUUUAACGACUCAAUCCACUUCAACCAACUAAUAAAUCUACUCAAUGAUUACGAUUUCAACGACCCCUCUUUCAACCAAUUUUCAAUCCAAAACGAAAAAAAAAACGAAAAGGGCCUCUUCAAAACUCUGGCAAACAUCAUUCAAAAUGAUAACCUGGAAAUCAUCAAAAAACUCACAAAUCUCUCAUCUAUUUUAUUAUAACCUCCCUUCUUAUACUUCUUUCUCAUUACCCUCUUCUAUAUCCCUUCUAUAUCUUUUUUUAAUCCUUUUCAAUCCCUUUUACCCACUUAAUAAACACUACAAUCUUAUCUCACACUUUUAUCCUGCUUCCAAAUCAGGAAGAUCGCCGGUCGUGAUUCAAGCCGCGGAACACAUCAAUACACAUAUACCUGCAUACACAAUCCCAACCUUUUUUCUCAAUUUAUUCAAUUUUAUUAAUUUUAAAAACAACAAUAUGAAAAAUCUUUAUAUCCACACUUCAACAAAUACUAAACCAAUAUUAAACACACUCUCCUGCUAUUUCAACCCAUUUUUCUGCUUUCAAUUCCGAUUUGUAAGACUAAUCAAAACCAGCUCCCCCACCACCGGUCACAACUCGAUUACUAAUUAUCACUAA